CAAACCGCCAUUUUUUCUAAAGCUUCGAUUGAUUGCUUCUCAUGGAUCUAAGUUCGAAAUUCCAUGUUUUAUUCUCCAUUUCGUUUCCCUCUGUAAAUCCCUAAACAGGUUUUCUUCUUCUUACUUCUUUUCCCGCUCUUUACGAUAUAGACUUCUGCCUCUCUUCAAGCUCUAGGUAUUUCAUUCUUCGUUGUUGUCGUCGUUUUCGAUAAAGAAACCCAGCUCUGCAAUAGUUUGUUCUUGUUGCAAGGAAAGCCUGUUCUGCUCUCCCAACGGAAGUUGGAUAAAAAUUACUUAAAGUUCCCUGCCAACAUUUCUCACCAGCUUAACUAAAUUGCAAAUAUUGUGCCACCUCAAUCACUCCUUCGGAUUUGAUCAAAAUAAUUGGGGCAACACAGUUUAGGGUUUACGAGAUUUCUGCUAGUUGAAUUAGGUUGUAGCUCAAAUGGUAAUGGAUUUGGAUGGGUCAGAAUCUAGGCUGGAAAAUGAUUCUCAUAGAGUAGUAGAUUACAAGGAUGAAGAAUGGGACGAUGUUGAAAGAAACGGGACUGAGAAACCAGGGGAGUCAAGCAAGCAUCGGAGCAAGGAUAGGAAGAAGAGCCGCAGGGAAGAGAAGGCGAGGGAGAGAGUGAAGGAACAUGACCGGGGACUAGAAAGAGAGAGGGAAAAGGAAAAGGAAAAAGAUAGGGAUAGGGAGAAAGAGAAGGAACGGGGUAGGGAGAGGGAGAAGGAUCGGGAUGGAUCAAAAGACCGAGACAGAGAGAAGGAAAGGGAGAAACACAAGGAUAGAGAAAGGGAAAAGGUUAAAGACAGGGAAAAACUUGAGAGGGACAAGAGUAAGGAGAAGGAUAAGGAGAGAUCUAAAGAUAAAGAAAGAGAUGCAAGGAAUGGGAAAUUGGAUGAUGAAAGUCAAGGUAGGGGUAAGGAUGUUGGGAAAGAUGAGAAGCUGGACCUGGAUGGUGGGAAUGAUAGGGAUGUUGUAAAGCAAGUGAAGGAAGUUCAACAUGAUGUGGUUGUUGACAUGAGUGUCGAGAAUAAGAAAAAGGUAGAUGGGGCAAUGGGUGGUUCACAGCCAUCAACUGGGGAGCUUGAAGAGCGCAUAUUAAAAAUGAGGGAAGAAAGAUCGAAGAAAAAGUCUGAAGGUGUAUCUGAGGUUUUAUCAUGGGUUAACAAGAGCCGCAAGUUGGAGGAGAAAAGGAAUGCUGAAAAGCAGAAAGCCUUGCAGCUCUCUAAGGUUUUUGAGGAGCAGGACAAGAUUGACCAAGGGGAAAGUGAAGAUGAGGAUACGGCUCGACACACCUCCAAGGAUCUAGCUGGAGUUAAAAUUCUUCAUGGGAUUGAUAAAGUAAUUGAAGGUGGAGCAGUUGUUUUGACUCUCAAAGAUCAGAAUAUCCUUGCCAAUGAUGAUGUCAAUGAAGAGGCUGAUGUUCUUGAAAAUGUGGAGAUUGGAGAGCAGAAGCAAAGAGAUGCAGCUUAUAAGGCUGCAAAGAAAAAGACAGGAAUAUACGAAGACAAGUUCAGUGGGGAGGAUGGUGCCCAAAAGAAAAUUCUCCCACAGUAUGAUGAUCCUGUUGAAGAUGAGGGGUUAGUUUUGGAUGAAAGUGGACGCUUUGCGGGUGAAGCAGAAAAGAAGUUAGAAGAGCUUCGUAAGAGGUUACAGGGUGUUUCUGCAAGCAACCAUUUUGAAGACCUUAACUCAUCUGCAAAGAUUACAUCCGAUUUUUAUACCCACGAAGAAAUGCUUCAGUUUAAAAAGCCAAAGAAAAAGAAAUCUUUGCGGAAAAAAGUAAAGCUAGAUUUAGAUGCCCUUGAAGCUGAAGCCAUUUCAGCUGGUUUUGGUGUGGGGGAUCUAGGAUCCAGGAAAGAUGGACAGAGGCAGGCUACCAAAGAACAGCAAGAGAGAUCUGAGGCGGAAAUGAGGAGUAAUGCUUACCAGUCAGCUUUUGCUAAAGCGGAAGAGGCAUCUAAAACAUUGCGACAGGAACAGACUCUAACUGUUCAAGUUGAGGAAAACGAAAGUCCUGUUUUUGGUGAUGAUGAAGAAGACCUUUACAAAUCACUAGAAAAAGCAAGAAAGUUAGCUCUAAAAACGCAGAAUGAAGCAGCAGCAUCUGGUCCUCAAGCAGUUGCACUCCUGGCUAGUACUGUAAGCAAUCAACCUAAGGAUGAAGAAAACUUGACAUCUGGAGAGCCACAGGAAAACAAGGUUGUCUUCACUGAGAUGGAAGAAUUUGUCUGGGGUCUUCAACUUAAUGAAGAGGCCCGUAAGCUUGAGAGUGAAGAUGUUUUUAUGGAUGAAGAUAAUGUGCCCAAAGCCUCUGAUCAGGAAAUAAAGGAUGAAGCUGGUGGUUGGACUGAGGUGAAUGAUAUUGAUGAAAAUGAACACCCUGUUGAAGAGGAGAAAGAGGAAGUUGUUCCAGACGAGACAAUCCAUGAGGUUGCAAUUGGGAAAGGAUUAUCUGGUGCACUUAAGUUGCUUAAGGAGAGAGGAACACUUAAGGAGACUGUAGACUGGGGUGGUAGAAACAUGGACAAGAAAAAGAGCAAACUUGUUGGCAUCUAUGAUGAUGGUGGGCCAAAAGAAAUCCGUAUUGAGAGGACAGAUGAGUUUGGUCGUAUUAUGACUCCAAAGGAAGCUUUUCGGGUGAUUUCUCAUAAAUUUCAUGGGAAAGGACCUGGCAAAAUGAAACAAGAAAAACGGAUGAAGCAAUACCAAGAGGAAUUAAAAUUGAAGCAAAUGAAGAAUUCUGAUACUCCAUCACAGUCCAUGGAGCGAAUGAGGGAAGCUCAAGCUCGACUUAAGACACCUUAUCUUGUGCUCAGUGGCCAUGUUAAACCAGGGCAAACCAGUGAUCCUAGAAGUGGUUUUGCUACUGUUGAGAAGGACAUUCCUGGGGGCUUGACACCCAUGCUUGGUGAUAAAAAGGUUGAGCAUUUCUUGGGGAUUAAGCGCAAAGCAGAGCCUAGCAACAUGGGGCCUCCAAAGAAGUCAAAGACCUGAACAAUGUUUCAACUUGGAAGAAUUCUAGACAUAUAGGGUCUGACUAUCAUCUUUGAAGAUGAUUUAUUAGACCAAAGUGGACUUUUUGAUUAAUUUUUUUAUAUGGAUCCACUUCAUUAUUUUGUUUUUAUGACUACACUGCUUUUCAGUAGUGGUUAAUACACCGCCCCAUUCAAUUCAAAUGUAUAUCAUUGUA